CGAACUAGCUACGCUGGCACAACCAGUCUUCAUACUUGCCGGUUCUCCGUUCGCGCAAGCGCCAUGGCUGGUAUGGCUCAUUUCCCCACGGCCAGCGAAGCUUUCCAAGUUGUCGCCAAAGCUGCGCAGGCUGGAAGCAUCAAGGACUAUGAAGUCUUCGUGGAGUACGCUGAUGGGCCCGAUCGGUCCCAGCCAAAUGCCCAGCGAAAGCUGUCAUCCUUGCGGCAGGAGAAGGUGGAGAAGUCCAAGCGCGGCUAUCAGCCGCAAAGCGGCUAUCAGCCCUCUUUCCGCCCGCCCUGUGGAUGGCAGAGGAUCUGGCGGAUUUCGCACCAGCAAGACGUCCUGUGGGAUCGCUCGGCAAAGCUGUGCCUCCUCCCCUUGUCACGGAGCCCCUCUGCCGUGAGCGCGGCGACCCGCAAUCACUUCGCAGAGCUCCCAGCGGCCAUACUGGCGAGGGUGGUCCUCAUUUGCGACCUCUCCGCGCUGAUGACCUUGGCCUCGGCCUUCCCUGCCAUCGGCCGCACCUCCCUGGAGCUCGCAGAGGCCAUGCCCGUGGCGGCGCCGCCUGCGGGCGCGGCCCACGCGCGGUGGCUGUCCUUUGCACGGGCAUCAUUGCGCUGGGCGGAGCUGCUAGGUGGGCUGCGCUCUGCAGUGGAGGCAUCCAGAGGAAGCGUUGGGCGAAGGAAGUCCUCAUCAAAUGACAGCAGUCACAACAGCCUGACCAUGGCGGGCAUGGCGGGCAUGGCAGGUGCUCCUUGCACCUCCUUUGCUCCUCCGGUGUGCACCUUUGAAGCUUCCUGUGCAUCAAUGUGCCCAAGCUCUCCACACCUUUUUGCUACAGGGCAUCAGGAUGGAAUCCGCUUGUGGGGCCACCCUGGCACUACGAAGAUGGGCUUGCUGAAGACCAAAAGCCCGGUGAUCUCAUUGGACUUGGGCAAGUCCGGAGAGAUGCUGGCAGCCAUCACCAUGAAUCAAGCACAAUCUGUGGCCAUGCUUUGGGAUUUGACCUCUGUGAAUGGAGCGUCUUCGCCUUUGUGGCAAGUUUCGGCUGCCCCACUGGACCCGCACUUCUUGUCCGAUGGGCUUCUGGUAGGCAAAGCUGCGGAAGCUGCGAGAGCGACACUGCAAGUCUUGGACUACAACUGUGGACGAGUUCUGCAGGAGUUGGAAUUCCCUGGAGUUCCCAGUGCCUCCUGCAAGUGCAUGCCUAUGCCUACCGCUUCCCCUUCCCGAAGAACGACUAUGCUUCCCAGUGUCUUUGUGGCAGCUGCUGGGAACAUCUACAAGGUAGUGGACGACGCUGUGGACCCUGUACAGCGCCGCGUCGUCCCCUUUGCCACGCUCCCGAGCGCCGUCCUCGCACUUGCCGCAGCACCGCGGUGCAGCGCCGGCGCUGCCGUCGCGGCCGUGGCAGCGGCGCGCGCGGAUGGCCUGGUGUCGGUGCUCAGCACCGACGGUGCGCUGCUGGCGGAGCUGAAGGUCUCUGAGUUGGAAUUGGAGAACCUCUCCUGGUCAGUCAGCAGGGCAGAGACCUUGACAGGACUAGGUACUUCUUCCUUGCGCCCGCUGGUUUCCUCGCUGGUGCUUCUGGAAGAGGUGCUGGUGUGUGCUGUGAACUUGGGCACAGCUGGCACCGACUCCGCAGUUCACUUCCGUUUGCCCAGCUUGCGCCCUGACGGCGUGGCAUUUGCCCAGCUGCACCCCGUUGCCACAUCCCUGGCAUCUCGCAGGGCCCUUGGAGGCAUCUCCCAGCACCCGCAGCGUGGCCACCGCGCCGGUGUUGUUGCCCGGGACGGUGAGUUUCAUGGCGGCGGACCCUGCCCUGAGGUGGGUGGCGUCCAGCUUCAUUUCCAGCGGCAAGUCGGUCGGAUGCAUUGUAUCCCGCUUGGGCGCCGGGAAGCGGCCUUCGUGACCGGCGACGCAUUGUACAGCGCGGAAAAUGGUGUUUGGAAUGUCCACUCAACGGCUCAUGGCAAAACUGCCUCACUGCUCACGGGCUAUAGCAGCGACAGCAGCGAUGGCGAUGGAUCGGCGGAGUGCGUGGUGGCCGUCGCGCCCCAUGUGGCACCGGCACUGGAGGCCUUUCGCCGGUUAGACCCGGAGGCAGAGGUGCAUGGGAGUCAUGCGCUGGGCUUGUGGGAUGAGCGCUCGGAUCUGGAUCUGCUCACCACCAAACCGCUGGUGCAGCUCCUCCAGGUGCUUCGUAGCUCCAAAGGGUGCCCUCUGGAGCUGGUGGAGUACGUGGCCUCUGCCAGAGUGCCACGCUUGCGGCUGCGAUGUGGCCAAGUCGAGCUGGAUGUGGUGGAAGGAGGUCGGGAUCCAGAAGCAUUGGCCAAGGAUCAAUUCAUCCGAAGGUGGCUGGAGGACGAGUCCGUGAAAGGCCUCGCCAUGAAGAUCAAAGACUUCACGCGGAGGAAUGAGAAGGAACUCCCUCGUGAGGAAGGCUUUCCGAAUUUCUUCCUGUUCCUCCUCACUGGGCUUUACUUCGUCCAGCGAAAGAAGGAAGCGCUCUCGAGCGAAUCGUCCACGAAGCGGUCGGCAGAGGAGCUUUUUCGAGGCUGGCUGACAUGGCUCGCAGACGCCACGCCCAAAGAGGUCGACCUGCGAGAUGGGACCGCGGCCUUGGCGGCCAUCGAACGAGCGGAAAGCGCCUUGCGGAUCGUGGAGCCCGUCUCGGGCAGGACGGUCUGUUCUCUCAGCGCGCCCAACGCGCAGCAUCUCGCUGCACUGGCCACGCUGCUCCGGGACACCUUGGGAGUCCGGAGCGGAGCGGGGAGCGACCAUGGGGAGCACCCGAACAGCUUGGAAGAGACGCGCAAGGGAUGGACCAUGGAGUCAGAUGGCAAUGAGCUCUCUCGGCGGGAACUGGAGCGCCAGUUGCAAGAGCUCCGCAGAGACAAGGUGAAGAUCGAUGACAACAUCCGGCGCAUGGAGGCGACCCAGAAGCGCGAGGAGAAGGAGCAAGGAGAGGGUGAAAGCCGGAAGCGGAAGAGGGACGAAGAGCUGGAAACUGUGUGGCUGCAGAAAGAAAAGACCAGUAAGAUGGGGCAGCUGCAGUCGAAGGCUUUAAGCAGAGUAGAGGAGAAGGUCUCUGAAAUCGAGAAACAAAUCGAGCAAAAGGAAGUCCUUUUGCUGCAGAGGAACCACUACUCGCUGAUGAUGAACUUCAUCCGCACUGAGGUUCAACCUCCGAUCUUCUUCCUGCCGGCGAAGCAUACGCGCGACACGGAGAAGCAGUCCCUGGGAUGCGGUGGAGGGGGAGAUGACAAGGUAACGCAGGGGUAG